UUAACAAACUACACGAAAAAUGACAGCCGACAGCUGAAAAUAAUAAGAAAUGUGAUCUCGUUGAACUUUGAAGCUGUAAAAUAAAUUAAAAUGACAGUCCAACAGCUUAACUCGAAUAUUUCUGACGACUCCGAUGAUAUGGUUAGUUUACCUUCGGAAGAAGAGAUUUAUAGGCGAAAAUAUCAGUUGUUAUUGGAACGAUGUGAAGUGUUACAACAGGAUAAUGAAAGAAUUAUUAAUAGGAUACAUGAGGCGAAGAAAAUCACAAAGCGCUAUCGUAAGGACGUAAAACUGCUUGUCGAACGAUUGGACGGGCACGGUGACGCCUUUCGAACGGCUUCUGUUGAAGCAGAGGUGAAACCUGAAGUACUGACACGCCCUGGACGUACUGGUUCUAAAACGCAAACUUCAAAACCUAUUGAUAAACAAAAUUCUACUGGUGGCAAAAAGCCAGGACCGAAGAGAAAAAGCAAAGCUGAUAAGCCUGAGAGAGAUCCAAAUGCUCCAAAGAAGCCAUGUAAUGCAUUCUUCCAAUUCUGUCAAGAACAGCGUCCCUUGGUAGUUGCUGAAGCCAACUCGGAAAUGGGAUCAGAGCCAUCCAAGCAAGAAGUUACAAGGCAAUUAGCGUCCCGAUGGAGAUCUCUCACAAAUGAGGAGAAAAGGGUAUAUGUGGCUAUGUUUGAAAGGUCAAAAGAGAAAUAUGCAGAAGAAAUGUCAGCAUAUAUAAAGAAAGAACAGUGACAUUACUUAAUUAAUAGUAGCUCUUAAUCACUUGUGAUGAUCAGCUUUAAGUUUAGGUUAAUUAUUUUAAUUAUAAUAUUUUAUAAAAUAA